CUCGGCAUUCGCCGAUCGCUGCAUUGCGCUCCGCAAAAGACACCCCCGAAGCUUUUGACUUGCGAUUGUUUCAUUGCUGGUUAGCGGAAACACAGCAGAGACGAUGUUGCCCACGCCGGAUACAUCGCAUGUCGACUACGAUCAAAUCUACGAGCCCGCCGAAGACUCAUACCUCCUCCUCGACACCCUGUCCUCCGCCUCCGAAACCGCAUUCCUACAUUCGCAUUUCCGCGCCGGUCAUGCACCUCUAGUCGUCGAAGUGGGCACUGGCAGUGGAGUUGUUCUGGCCUUCCUGGCUGCCAAUGCCUCUGCUAUAUUCGAUCGCUCCAUCUGUACUCUCGGCACAGAUCUCAAUCGGCGGGCAUGCAUCGCUGCUUCGGAGACAGUAAGAAAGGCUUGUGGGAAGGAAGUCAAGAGCUCGUUUGCGAAUGUGGUCAAUGGCGAUUUGACUUCUGCGAUCAAAGAUGGGCAGGUGGAUGUAUUGGUGUUCAACCCACCAUACGUGCCUGCUGAGCUGCCGGACUUGAGUCUGCAUGCCAAGUACAAUACCGCUGAUGGUUUGACUUCGUCCGAAGCCUUUGAUCGGGAUUCGCAUUUGUUGGCGCUGAGUUAUGCGGGUGGUGUGGAUGGAAUGGAAGUCACGGAUCGUCUUCUGGAUGAGGUGCCUAGGGUGUUGAGUCAAAGGGGUGUUGCGUAUGUGCUGUUUUGCGCUCAGAACAAGCCAGAGGAAAUCAAGAGGAGGAUCAGACAAUGGCCUGGCGGAUGGGAUGCCGAGACCGUGGGAAGUUCAGGCAAGAAGGCAGGAUGGGAGAAGUUGUGCAUCGUCAGGAUCAUGAGGACGACGGCAACAGAUUGAAUGAGAAGGAGAAGGAAGUCAAAGAUUGGAAAAACAUCUAUACAUCCUG